AUGGCACUCAGGCCUCUUCAUUACCACCUUCCAUUGUUCCCAGGGUUCCAGCUGCUGGACGUGGCGGCCCCACUGGACAUUCUCAACAUUCGAACGCAAUACCCUGACACAUCAGCCAUCACCCUGACUAUAUCAGCGGAAACUCUCGACCCAGUCUCAGUGAAACCAAUCCCACCUCCUAAGGCAAAAUGGCGAUUUGACCUGCCCGUCUCAAACAUCAAUACAGCUUGUAACCAGCAAAUGCUACCACAAUGUACAUUUGCUGACGUGAUAUCUGCCCUGAAAGCGGGGAAAGUUGCCGAUGAUGGCAGUGGUGAAUUCAAACCUAUCGACGUGUUGAUCAUUCCAGGUGGCCCGGGGACACGUCUGGACCGUAUUUACGACACUGAUACUACAUUCAACGAAGCUAAAGUCUCCAACACGCAAGAGGUUCGGGACUUUCUGACAGCUGUUGCGCCCUAUGUCCGUCACAGCAUCAUAACUGUUUGCACCGGCAGUCAUGUCCUUUCGCAGACUAGGCUUCUAGAUGGACUCCAGGUAACAACAAAUUCAGCCCGCUACGAUGAUAUCGCUAAACAAACGGGCGGCGUGAACUGGCAGCGCAACAAACGGUGGCUGCGUGAUAGUGUGUCCAAGGAUGCGGUGUCUGAUGGCUUGUUGUUGCCUGGGAUUGAGAUCUGGUCAUCUGCCGGAAUCACUGCGGGGAUUGAUGUAAUGCUGGAGUUUAUUUCAGCGCAUUAUGGUGGUAUCGCAGUCGGAGUAGAGACUGCGAAACGGAUGGAGUAUCGCUGGGAGCGAGAGAAGGAAGCUUCUUACUUCCUGUAA